AAGACAUCUAGAGGAGCUAGCAUUUCCUUCCUGCCUCUUUUGAGCAUUAGAUAAGUCUGGAGAAUUGGAGUCAUUAAGUGGCACGACUUGCAUCAUUACUGACCUUGAGCAGCGACAUUUAAGAAAAGGCAUAAAUGGCGUGGAGAAGGAUCUCUAUAUACAUCCAGCUCACUGUUUUCAUUCAACUCUGUAACUGCAACAUUGAUUCUUGUCCAACACCUUGCAGCUGUUUUCCAUUGCAGACAAGGGGCCUCAUAGUCAACUGCAGCUCAAGGCAUCUGAAAGACCUGCCUGAUCUCCCAGUGAUCACUGUACAGCUUUAUUUGCAAAAUAACCUGAUAACAUCUGUUUCUCCGGGAGCCUUUGAUCACUUGGUCAGCCUCCAGGAAGUUGAUGUGUCUGGCAAUCCUUGGCAUUGUGAUUGUCAAAUUCUGUAUCUGAAAAGCUGGUUCGACUCUAUAACUGUGCAGAAAAACCCUGAAAAUCUGAGAUGUGCAACACCAAACACCGUAUCCAUGAAACCUUUCCAGAACCUCACAGGGAAUGAUAUGAUUCCAUGUAGAAGAACAUGGCCAAUCAAAUGUAAAAAGUUCUUUAUACGAGACCUUUAUAUGAUUGGACUUGCUGUGCUGGUGCUUGUUUUGAUGUCCUACGUGGUCAGAAUGGCAAGAAAACUGGCUUGUAGGGUUGCAGUCACUACCAGCUCUCGUCACCAAAAAACCUCAAAUGAAAGCUACAAGUCAAAGUAAUACAAGACCUGGCUGCAACAGGGCAUUGUAAUGGCCCAAAAGAGAAUCAAAGUCAUACCAUCUUUAGGAAUCACAACAUUUAUUUUGAUGAAUGCAUGAGGGCUUCAUUUUUAUUCUCAGAAACAUCAGUUGGAAAUUUGGAGAGAAAAAUGAUUUCAAUAUAAAACUCAAUGGCCCAGAUUUACUAAUCCUAAAGAAGGCGUAAGCAUAGACAGGCUGUGUAGACCUGCACCAGAUUUAUCACUGUGGUUUAGGCUGGGUUAUAAAUCUGGUGCAAGGAUAGACUCUGUUAUCUGACACUGUGCCAACUAUUGGUUGGCUUAGUUUGACACAGAUUGCUAUGCCAGAAUUGGUGCAAAAUGGGGCCUCUUAUGCCCUACCCAAUUUUCUGCAAAGCUCCGUCCACCUUCUGGCUCUUUAUUAUGUUGGAAAAAAGUGUGAAAACCCUUGAUGGGGCAAAUUGCUCCAAUUUGUGCCAAUUUGCACCACUUUUCUUAGACAGAUUUUUGAGGCAGACAAAUUAGUAAAUUUGGGCCAAUUUAUUUUUAAUGAAAACAUUAUUUUUUUUAAAAUAGCGUUUAUUUAGCCAUUUUCAAAUUUAUGCAACACUCCCAGAGGGAGAACAAAGAAAACAAUUCUUCAUGACGCACACAUUCACAAUAGCAAGUUCAUCGUCAGUAUAUAUCAUGACCAUAGAAGACAGCAAUGCGAUUUAAAUACAGGGUUCUCCUGUCAUCACUAAGAGAUAUCCGUGACUCGCUCAAACCACAUACACACUCUCAUACACACGUUGGGUGAUACAGUCUCCACCGUUGAUGACUCAAGUCGUACCUUCAGCCUGAACCCAAAGACCCCAGAUUUUAUCAAAUCGAUCAGGCAGUCCUCUUGCCUCAUACGUCAACUUAUACAUCUGAAGGUCCUUAUUAAUGAGGAGUACCCAUUGGCUCACUGUAGGACACUUGGGCGGUUUCCAGUUCAGGAGUAUAUUUUUCCUACCAUAGAACAACAACAAUCGUAACAGUAUUCUAUUAUAUUUGGAGGGCGUAGCUUCCGACACUAACCCUUAAUGAAAACAUUUAGAGACUUCAUUUAUAAUGAUACAUUAAACUGAGAACUGAUAAUAAGUAGAAAUAAAAGGAAUCCAAUUGAUAAUUA